GGGCUGCGAGCCCCGGACCCUGGCUCCUGAGGAGCCCGCGGCGACUGCGCCGUCUCCCCGCGAGGCCUCAGGCUGCCCGCAGACCUCGCCCUCGUUGUCCUUGCGGUCGCAGACCUCGAGCCUGGGAACGAGCGGCACGUCGCAGCGCCGGACCGGGCGGGGCCGGAUGGCGGCCUCCGCGUGGAUGCAGGCCGGCCUGGCCCGGGCGCUCUUCUACCCGACGCUGCUGUACACGGUGUUUCGCGGGAAGGUGCGGGGUCCGGCGCACCGCGACUGGUACCACCGCAUCGACCACACGGUGCUGCUGGGCGCGCUGCCGCUGCGGGGCAUGACGCACAAGCUGAUACAGGAGGAGAACGUGCGCGGGGUGAUCACCAUGAACGAGGAGUACGAGACGAGGUUCCUGUGCAACUCCUCAAAGGAGUGGAAGAGAGUAGGAGUUGAGCAGCUGCGGCUCAGCACAGUCGACAUGACUGGGAUCCCCACCUUGGCCAACCUCCACAGAGGAGUUCGCUUUGCACUCAAGUACCAGUCAUUGGGCCAUUGUGUCUACGUGCAUUGUAAAGCUGGACGCUCCAGAAGUGCCACUAUGGUUGCAGCAUAUCUAAUGCAGGUACACAACUAUAGCCCAGAGGAGGCUGUCAGAGCCAUUUCCAAGAUCCGCUCCCACAUCUACGUCAGACCUGGCCAGAUGGAAAUUCUCAAAGAGUUCCACAAGGAGAUUUCUACAAGGGCAGCAAGAUGACACUGAAAUGUGUGGAUUUGAAAGAACUAAACAAUGCUGCUUGAUACAGAAUAAAGAAGUUGUAUAGGACCAAAAGGGCUUAAAAGCCCAGACUUGACGGAACAGAAAUGUGCUAAGUAGUGGACAA